AUGGCCACAACACUUGUGAAACACCACGACACCCCUCCAUUUGCUGAUCACAAAGAUCUGCACAAUGUCAUAGAUGCGACGCAGCUUGGUGAUGUUGUCCCACCUUGGAUGGACAAAGAAUUUGAGGUCUGGUAUAGGGACCCUCAUGCAAUGGCACACAAUAUACUUGCUAACCCUACCUACAAGGACAAAAUUGACUAUGUGCCAUUUUACUUCAUGUCCGGAGACUGGGCAUGGCAACAGGCAGUACAUCCUCCAUCUCUUUCUGAUCCAGAAACACAUGGAUCUGCUUUGAUCCCAAUCAUUCUCAGUAGUGACAAGACUACUGUCUCUGUGGGCACUGGUAAUAAUGAGUAUUACCCCCUCUAUGCCUCGAUUGCUGACAAGAUGCAUUCGAAAGAUGACUUAUUUUGGAUAUUUUGCCACCAGCUGUUCCACAGCUUGUUGUCUGCGAUUCUCUCCAGUCUAAAACCUGUUAUGACUGAGUAUGAGGUCGUGCGCUGUGGAGACAGACACUUUUGGUGCGUCAUAUAUAGUCUAGGACCAUACAUUGCGGAUUACGAAGAACAACUAGUGCUAUCCUGUAUUGUCAAACAUUGGUGCCCAAAAUGCAUUGCAGUUCACACAAACCUUGAUGGUGAUGCCACCUACCACACCCACAAGUUUACUGAUUUCUUAAUCAAUGAGCUACAUGCAGAUGUAUUGUGGGAUGAAUUUGGUCUCAUUGGUGAUCUCAUCCCAUUCACUAAUGACUUCCCCCGAGCUGACAUUCAUGAGUUGCUGUUGUUUGACCUCCUCCACCAGCUAAUUAAAGGGGCUUUCAAAGACCAUCUCAUUGAUUGGGUAGCAAAGUACCUCAAGGCCAUGCACAGGACCAAAUGGUCAGAGGAGAUCAUGAGCAACAUAGAUUGCAGAGUUGCUGCUGUACCAUCAUUCUCUGGCCACGAUUUUAAACAGUGGACUGGCAAUGAUUCCAAAGCGCUCAUGAAAGUGUUUCUUCCAGCUAUUGAAGGUCACAUACCUCAAGACAUGGUAUGUGCAUUUUGCGCAUUGUUAGAAUUCUGUUAUCUUGUCCGGCACAAUCACUCGAUGGUUCAUUAUGUCGACAUGAUCAGACUCUUCGGUGCCCCUAACGGACUGUGCUCAUCGAUCACAGAAUCAAAGCACAUCAAGGCCAUAAAGGAGCCUUGGCGGUGGUCAAACAGGCACAAUGCUCUUGGUCAGAUGCUUGUGACCAAUCAGCGCCUUGAUAAGCUCGCAGCGUCCCAUGCAGACUUUGAUGUGCGAGGGAUGCUCACUGGCACAAUUUUAUCAAAACGAAAAUGUGCACAGACAGUAGCAGCAUUGGCACAUGAAGUUGCUUACUUUCUAUUCUCUCAGCUCAACCUGGAUGAUGCCCACAACCCCGAAGAUAUCCCAGCUGCUAGCUUGCCUCGACAUGAAGGCAAGCUUCAGGUCUUCAAUUCUGCUGCUGCAACGUUUUAUGCUCCCAGUGAUCUGAGUGACAUUGGUGGCAUGCAACGCAAACAUAUCUGUGCAUGUCCACUCUGGCGAAAUGAGUACCCACGCAAUGAUUGCGUGUUCAUUAACACUGAUUCAGAUGCUGAAGGGAUGCAAGGACUCAAAGUUGCGAGAGUCAUAUGCUUCUUUUCAUUCAAGCACAACUGGGAAGUAUAUCCUUGUGCUCUCAUACAGUGGUUUGAGAAGAUUGGUGACUGCCCUGAUGAAGAUACUGGCAUGUGGAUGGUCACUCCAAGUUUUCAUGAGGAUGGCUCAAGGAACCUUGCUGUCAUUCACAUCGAGAUGGUCUUCUGUGCAGCACACUUGAUAGCUAUCUAUGGUUCAGAGUACAUUCCUCACUCCCUCAAGUUUUAUCAUUCUCUUGACACUUUCGGCUCAUUUUAUGUCAACAAAUAUGCUGACCACCAUGCAUUCGAGAUAGUGUCCUGA